CUGGUUCAACUGUUUCCUCAAACAGACAUUGACGCAGCUCCACAGAGUGUGUGUGUGUGUGAGAACCACAACGGACUGGACUUGGACCCGGACCUGAAUCAGGACUAACAGAGACUCUACUUGUAGGUUUGGAUUAAGGAUUCAGGACUAGAUCCUGGACUGACUCAGACUGAGAGAUGCAGCUGUGGAACGGAAAAACGUUGACCGUGAUCCUGCUGUCGGCUCUGCUGCUGGGAGUGCUGUACUGCUACAUAUCCCAGUCCUACAGAGUUGUGUCUCUGGGUUCGGUGUGGGAGGAGAUAACUGCUGAUGGCAGAUCUGAAGUUCACAUUGAGAGUCAUCAGUUCCACCUGGUGGCUCCUGACAGUCUGCAGUACAAACAACCCAGCAUUGUGAGCGGUCGUACUGACGUGGUGACGGUGACGCCGUGGUUGGCUCCUGUGGUCUGGGAGGGAACCUUUAACCCCGUACUCCUUGACAGCAUCUACAAACCUCAGAACAUCAGCGUCGCAGUCACUGUGUUCGCUGUCGGGAAGUACGUCAUGUUCCUGAAAGACUUCCUGGAGACUGCAGAACAGUACUUCUUCGUUGGUUUCAACGUGCACGUUUACGUCUUCACCGACCAGCCCACCAAGAUGCCCCAAGUCAAAAUGGGCUCCGGCAGACAGCUGACAGUGCGUUCGGUGCCCAGCUCCAAGCGUUGGCAAGAGAUCUCCGCUCGCAGGAUGGAGCUCAUCCAGACGCUGAUCGAGGAGAAACUUCGGAACCGCACCGACUACAUCUUCUGUCUGGACGUGGACUCCAAGUUCCACGGCCGCUGGGGCACCGAGUCCCUGGGUGGACUGGUCGCUGUGAUCCAUCCAGGUUACUACAGGGAUGACCGCAGCCAGUUCCCCUACGAGCGGAGGCCCCAGUCCAGAGCCUACGUGGGUCCUGGUCAGGGGGACUUCUACUACUGUGGGGGGGCGUUCGGAGGCCUCCUGCAGGAAGUCCACCAGCUCGCCAAAACCUGCCGCUCCAACUUCGAGGCUGACGCCAAGGAAGGCAUCGAGGCUGCCUGGCAGGAGGAGAGUCACCUGAACAGGUACAUGUGGAUUAACAAACCCAGUAAGGUGCUGUCACCUGAGUACCUGUGGCAGGACUUCAAACCCAGGAACGCUGAGGUCUACAUCGUCAGGUUCUCCGGAGUCGUCAAGAACUACGCUGAGAUCCGACCCAACGUCUGACAGUCCGGACUGAACCGGACUGGACUGAACUGAAACGGUUUGAAAGGUUUUGGAAAAUCCACACAACUGGUUUGCACCUGUCUCUAUCCCCUGAGGCUUACCCACAAUCCACCUCUUUGCCUGGUCUCUGGCUGUCAAUCAAGAUUGAACACUGAUCACUACAGACUCAGGACCUUCAGCUAACUUCGGCUCUACUGAGCGUGUGCAGCUCUUACACCAACAAUCAGACUGUUGACCCCGCCCACACUAGCACCUGUUUCUACCUGUGCAACAGCGACUGCUCUUAUCACAUGAGUCGGUAUUCUCCGUUUGAUCGGUCUCAAAAUGAACAAAUUUAUUUUCAAAAUGUUUGUGAUUUAAUGUCAAUAAACAGAUCAAUAUGAUGAUGAAAUAACGACAUCAUGAUGGAGAUUUGUAAAAAGUCUGAAUUCAGAGUCGUUCUGUCUGCGAGACUUUUAAAAUGCUUGUUUUCUGAAUGGAGUCGUUUGGUGGGAACAUUAGUACCUCUGAGUAGGUGACCUACACUGCUCUUGAAUGCAUCCUGUGUUAUAAAGCUGCUGUUUUUUUGUGAAUGAGGCUAGUGCUCAUUUGAAACUUUAUAAGUUAAAAAACAUUCUCCAUCAAGUAGGUUUAGUAAUUUUAAGUGACACUGACAGAAUUUUUUUUGUAAACCAUGAUGAUGAUUUUGUGGCAGAGCCUAGUUGGUGUCAGAAUACAAACACGAGACCGAACGCUGUAAAAUAAAUGACAAUCAUAUUUAAUGUAAUCUGUAAUGUUUCUACGACACAAAGCUGCUGCGUCGGAAAGCCACCAUUAGCUUUGUACUGUUAGCAUGAGCUAACACUAUCCAGCUAAAACCAAUAUCACAUAUAUUCCAGUCUUUGCAGCAAUGUUAGCUUUGACUUUGAGCUUUAUGUUCCAGUGGGUGUCGGCCGUUUGUGGACGUUAGCAAAACUCCAUUUCAACAAAACAACAGGACAAUAAUUCAUUUAUUCUGGGAAACUCCCGGUUUCUCUCCGUAACUUGUUAACGCAGAGACGUUACCAUGACGUCCGCUCCUGAUUGGCUGAUGUAAACGAGAAAUAUUACAUAUGAAAUCUGUGUAAACUUAUCACACAAGAUGACUGGACGCUAAAGCUACAAACAGCAGAUUUUCUCUGUAAUCACACAACAAGCUAACUAGCGUAGCUUUACUAUCUCUGCCAUCUCAGCCUUUACUGCAAUUCACUUGAAUUGUGAAAAUGCCUUUAUGAUGCAUUCAUUUGCAGAGUAAUUGAUUAUUGAUUUGAACAGUGUAAACAUAAAAUGUAAACAGGGAGACAGAUGCUAACAGACGGGCUAACUGUGUUUUCCCUUGAAGCAGGUUGCAGUCGCAGUUUUAUCCAGGUUGGCUGUUAAAAUAAUUAAAUUGCCAUGAACAAAUGAGAUCAAAUUAAGACAUUUUUCAUUUAACCACUGAGCUAAUGUUUGUUAGCCGCUGAGCUAACCCACCAUGUAUUUAUUUGAUGUGUGUGAAUGUACAGCAGCAGAUUGUUUGUGUCCACAGGACGAGACGACCUGUUCACUGAUGAUCGUGAUGUUGAUUUAUUGUCUUCCUCUCUGGUGGUUGAUUUCAGGGAAUUAAAUAAUAAAUAAUCAUUUGUUACAUGAAAA